GAGCAGCAGAGGAGACCAGGGUGGAAGUAUGGAAUUUCGGACGCAGCUCCUGUCUGCAGAUUCAAAUGCGGUCGGUGUUUCUGGUUCAUGUCUCUGAAUGACUGAAGUCCAGAAGAUGGAUGAUUGUGUGGAUAAAGAGGAGGAGAAACCAGAGUCUCCAGGAUCCAUCUGUCUGUCUAUGAAGAGUGACCGGUCCAAAGAUUUACCUCCAGUGUUCAGUAAAGAACCUGGACCCUCAGACACAAAAGGUCGGUACCGCAGUCAGAGACCAGAGUCUCCAGGAUCCAGCUGUCUGUCUAUGAAGAGUGACCGGUCCAAAGAUUUACCUCCAGUGUUCAGUAAAGAACCUGGACCCUCAGACACAAAAGGUCGGUACCGCAGUCAGAGACCAGAGUCUCCAGGAUCCAUCUGUCUGUCUAUGAAGAGUGACCGGUCCAAAGAUUUACCUCCAGUGUUCAGUAAAGAACCUGGACCCUCAGACACAAAAGGGAGGAAGAGGAGAGGAGUUGGUGUGGAGGAGCAGCCAUCCUGCUGUCCUUUGUGUCAGGACGUCCUGAAGGAUCCAGUCUCCAGCAGCUGUGGACACUGGUUCUGCAGACGCUGCAUGAGCUCAUACUGGGACCAGUCUGCUCCACCAGGACCGUCCUCCUGUCCCCAGUGUGGAAAAAGAUCCAGAGCUGGACUGCAGACAGCCAGUCAGAGCAGAACUGUACGAGCAGAUGCUGGUCUGCAGGAGGUCAGAGAUGAACACAAGACCAGUCUGAGGAGGAGAUGUGAACAUGUGACUGAAGGAAUUGAUGAAACAGGAAGUAGAACCCCCCUCAACAGGAUCUACACGGAUCUCUUCAUCACAGAGGGACUGAGUGAAGAGGUUGAUACCCAACAUGAGGUGAGGCAGCUGGAGACAGCUUCCAGGAUGAAGAGCCUCCAUGACGCUCCAAUCAGGUGCCAGGACAUCUUUAAAGCCUUACCUGGCCAAUGUGGAGCAAUCAGAGUGGUUCUGACGAACGGCGUCGCUGGCGCUGGGAAAACCUUCUCGGUUCAGAAGUUCUCUCUGGACUGGGCCGAGGGCUCGGAGAACCAAGACGUCACCGUGGUGAUUCUGCUCUCAUUCAGGGAGCUGAACCUGAUCAGAGAUGAGCAGUUCAGUCUUCUCAGGCUGAUCCAGGUUUUCCAUCCAUCGUUACAGAAGCUCACAGCAGAGCAGCUGGCUGCCUGGAAACCGUUGUUCAUCUUUGACGGCCUGGAUGAAAGCAGACGUUCCCUGGACUUUAACAACGGUCCGGUCGUGUCUGACGUCACACAGAGCUCAUCGGUCAACGUGCUGCUGACCAACCUCAUCCAGGGGAACCUGCUUCCCUCAGCUCUCAUCUGGAUCACUUCCAGACCUGCAGCAGCCAAUCAGAUCCCUCAGAAACACGUUGACAGGGUGACAGAAGUACGAGGCUUCACCGACGGCCAGAAGGAGGAAUACUUCAGGAAGAGGUUCAGUGAUGAAGAGCGGUCCAGCAGCAUCGUCUCCCACAUGAAGACAUCCAGAACCCUCCACAUCAUGUGUAAACUACCGGUCUUCUGCUGGAUCACUGCUUCAGUUCUGGACCACAUGUUGACCACAGAGCAGAGAGGAGAGCUGCCAAAGACCCUGACUGACAUGUUGUCCCACUUCCUGGUGGUCCAGACAAAGAGGAAGAAUAACAAGUACCAGGAGGGAGAUGAGACGAGUCCACAGGAACUGACGGAGGCUGACAGGGACCUUCUUCUGAAGCUGGGUAGGCUGGCGUUUGAACAUCUGGAGAAAGGAAACAUCAUGUUCUACCAAGAAGACCUGGAGCAGUGUGGUCUUGAUGUCUCAGAGGCCUUGGUGUACUCAGGAGUUUGUACCCAGAUCUUCAGGAGAGAGUGUGAGGUCUUCCAGAAACCCGUCUACUGCUUUGUUCAUCUGAGCAUCCAGGAGUUCCUGGCUGCAGUCUAUGUGCUCCACUGUUGCUCCACCAGAAACACAGAUGUGCUGAAGAACUUCCUGGGAGAAGACUCCUCAGACUCAUCCACAGAUGACUUCCUGGAGAGAGUCAUGCAGAAAUCCCUGGAGAGUGAAAAUGGCCACCUGGACCUAUUUGUCCGCUUCCUUCAUGGUCUUUCUGUGGAGUCCAACCAGAGACUCUUAGGAGGUCUGCUGAACCAGACGGAGAACGAUCCAGAAACCAUCCAGAGAAUCAUCAACAACCUGAAAGUGAUGAUCACUGAUGAAAUCUCUCCUGACAGAAGCAUCAACAUCUUCCAGUGUCUGAUGGAGAUGAACGACCUCUCAGUUCAUCAGGAGAUCCAAGAGUUCCUGAAGUCAGAGAACAGAUCAGAGGAGGACCUCUCUGAGAUCCAGUGUUCAGCUCUGGCCUACAUGCUGCAGAUGUCAGAGGAGGUCCUGGAUGAGUUGGACCUGAAAAAGUACAAGACAACACCAGGGGGUCGACUGAGACUGAUUCCAGCUGUGAGGAACUGCAGAAAGGCUCGAUUUGUUAGUUGUGGACUCUCAGAGACUCACUGUGAAGUUGUUGCGUCCGCUCUGAAGUCCAACCCCUCCCAUCUGACAGAACUGGACCUGAGUCGGAACCAGGACCUGCAGGAUUCAGGAGUGAAGUUUCUGUCUGGUGGACUGGAGAGUCCAAACUGUAGACUGGAGACUCUGAGAUUGGAGGACUGCAGUCUAUCAGAGAUCAGAUGUUCUUCUCUGGUCUCAGCUCUGAAGUCCAACCCCUCCCAUCUGGAACAUCUGGACCUGAGUUACAACGACCUGGAGGAUUCAGGAGUGAAACAUCUGUGCGGUUUCCUGGAGAGUCCAGACUGCAGACUGGAGAGUCUGAGGAUGGAGCGCUGCUGGUUGUCAGAGAUCAGUUGUUCUUCUCUGGUCUCAGCUCUGAAGUCCAACCCCUCCCAUCUGAAACAUCUGGACCUGAGCUGGAAUCGGCUGCAUGAUUCAGGAGUGAAACAUCUGUGUGGUUUCCUGGAGAGUCCAGACUGCAGACUGGAGACUCUGAAGUUGGAGAGCUGCGGUCUGUCAGAGAUCAGCUGUUCUUCUCUGGUCUCAGCUCUGAAGUUCAACCCCUCCCAUCUGAAACAUCUGGACCUGAGUGGGAACGACCUGCAGGAUUCAGGAAUGAAACAUCUGUGUGGUUUCCUGGAGAGUCCAGACUGCAGACUGGAGACUCUGAGCUUACAGUGCUGCGGUCUGUCAGGGAUCAGCUGUUCUUCUCUGGUCUCAGCUCUGAAGUCCAACCCCUCCCAUCUGAAACAUCUGGACCUGAGAUCCAACAACAAACUGCAGGCUGCAGAUGUGGAGCAGCUGUCUGAUCUGGUGGAGAGUCCAGACUACCAGCUGCAGACUCUCAGGUCGGAGCGCUACAGGUUGUCAGAGAUCAGAUGUGAUGAUCUGGUCUCAGUUCUGGAGUCCAACCCGUCUGAUCUGGAACAUCUGGACCUGAGUGAUAACCAGCUGCAGGAUUCAGACGUGAAGCAGCUGUGUGUUCUUCUGGAGAGUCCAGACUGCAGAUUGGAGACUCUGAGGUUGGAGAAAUGCUGGAUGUCAAAGAUCAGCUGGUAUUCUCUGGUCUCAGCUCUGAAGUCCAACCCCUCCCAUCUGAAACAUCUGAAACAUCUGGACCUGAGUAAUAACUACCUGCCGGAUUCAGGAGUGAAACAUCUGUGUGGUUUCCUGGAGAAUCCAGACUGCAGACUGGAGACUCUGAGGUUGGAGAACUGCUGGGUGUCAGAGAUCAGCUGCUCUUCUCUGGUCUCAGCUCUGAAGUCCAACCCCUCCCAUCUGAAACAUCUGGACCUGAGUCUGAACCAGCUGCAGGAUUCAGGAGUGAAACAUCUGUGUGGUUUCCUGGAGAGUCCAGACUGCAGACUGGAGACUCUGAGGUUGAAGGACUGCAGCUUGUCAGAGAUCAGCUGUUCUUCUCUGGUCUCAGCUCUGAAGUCCAACCCCUCCCAUCUGAAACAUCUGGACCUGAGUAAGAACUACCUGCAUGAUUCAGGAGUGAAACAUCUGUGUGGUUUCCUGGAGAGUCCAGACUGCAGACUGGAGACUCUGAGGUUGGAGGGCUGCUGGUUGUCAGAGAUCAGCUGUUCUUCUCUGGUCUCAGCUCUGAAGUCCAACCCCUCCCACCUGAAACAUCUGGACCUGAGCUGGAACCAACUGCAGGAUUCAGGAGUGAAACAUCUGUGUGGUUUCCUGGAGAGUCCAGACUGCAGACUGGAGACUCUGAGCUUGCAGUGCUGCGGUCUGUCAGAGAUCAGCUGUUCUUCUCUGGUCUCAGCUCUGAAGUCCAACCCCUCCCAUCUGAAACAUCUGGACCUGAGAUUCAACAACAAGCUGCAGGCUGCAGAUGUGGAGCAGCUGUCUGGUCUGGUGGAGAGUCCAGACUACCAGCUGCAGACUCUCAGGUGGGAGCGCUGCAGUUUGUCAGAGAUCAGAUGUGAUGAUCUGGUCUCAGCUCUGGAGUCCAACCCGUCUGAUCUGGAACAUCUGGUCCUGAGUGAGAAGCUGCAGGAUUCAGAUGUGAAGCAGCUGCGUGGUUUCCUGGGUGGUCCAGACUGCAGACUGGAGACUCUGAGGUUGGAGAACUGCUGGUUGUCAGAGAUCAGCUGUUCUUCUCUGGUCUCAGCUCUGAAGUCCAACCCCUCCCACCUGAAACAUCUGGACCUGAGCUGGAACCAGCUGCAGGAUUCAGGAGUGAAACAUCUGUGUGGUUUCCUGGAGAGUCCAGACUGCAGACUGGAGACUCUGAGCUUGCAGUGCUGCGGUCUGUCAGGGAUCAGCUGUUCUUCUCUGGUCUCAGCUCUGAAGUCCAACCCCUCCCAUCUGAAACAUCUGGACCUGAGAUUCAACUACCAGCUGCAGGCUGCAGAUGUGGAGCAGCUGUCUGGUCUGGUGGAGAGUCCACACUACCAGCUGCAGACUCUCAGGUCGGAGCGCUGCAGUUUGUCAGAGAUCAGCUGUCGUCCUCUGGUCUCAGCUCUGGAGUCCAACCCGUCUGAUCUGGAACAUCUGGUCCUGAGUGGGAACAAGCUGCAGGAUUCAGAUGUGAAGCAGCUGUGUGGUUUCCUGGGUGGUCCAGACUGCAGACUGGAGACUCUGAGGUUGGAGGACUGCUUGAUGUCAGAGAUCAGCUGUUCUUCUCUGGUCUCAGUUCUGAAGUCCAACCCCUCCCACCUGGAACAUCUGAAACAUCUGGACCUGAGUGAGAACCCGAUGCUGCAGGAUUCAGGAGUGAAACGUCUGUGUGGUUUCCUGGAGAGUCCAGACUGCAGACUGGAGACUCUGAGGUUGAAGGGAUGCUGGCUGUCAAAGAUCAGCUGUUCUUCUCUGGUCUCAGCUCUGAAGUCCAACCCCUCCCAUCUGAAACAUCUGGACCUGAGAGGGAACGGCCUGCAGGCUGCAGAUGUGCAGCAGCUGUCUGGUCUGGUGCAGAGUCCACACUACCAGCUGCAGACUCUCAGAAAAUGAACCAAACAGACGACGGUGGACCAGGUGGAUUCCUAUCAGAGGAGACGUCCUCCUAUAAUCUCUCAACACCAGCAAAUGUUGAAGCAUGUGGCUCCACCAACCUCCACCUCUCCCUCAUCAAACACCCUCGUCUGACGUUCUACUCAUUAUUUGGAUUAAAUGAGGUUCAAAGCGACUCUUCAGAAAACCUCUGGGUGACGUCACAGAGGGUUUUAAGUUCUUCUAACUUAACUCGGUCUGUUGUUAGCACUCAGCGAGAUAUUUUUGUACAACUUAAAAAAAAAUACAGGUCGUCAAAGGUUGUGCUUUUGAGAAUAAGGUUUGUUUAGAAGAAAAAAAGAACCGAGUCGGUGUCGUUGCUGUACAAGGAGAGGACAUUUAUUGAAGAAUUCCCAGCAUCACAGAUGUGUGUUAUCUGAGGUCGUCUCUUUCAGAUUUCAGUGAUUCAGACAAAGUGAAUUCAUCCACUCACAUGCAAGUCACACACCUGUGCACUCACCUGCUCCCCCAGACACACACAGGCCCACGGUCCAACAUACGUUCACAGUCUUGAUACGUACAAAAAUUGAUACAAAUACAAAUAAUACCACAAUAAAAACAUUGUAAUUAUUCUUUUUUUAAGAAAUUCUUACAGUUUAGCUAUGUUCUCUAUUCUGUAGAAAGACAACUAAGCUUUAAUAAGGGAGGAAUAAUUUUUUCUGCCCUUCUCUAAAAUGAUCAGUAUAUCAU